CUACAAGUACGUAUGUACUGUAUCCAAUCAAAGUACUGUACAUAUGUAUAAUAUAUGUAAAUCAAUGAACACUGCACAGUCCGUGCUACCACGUACAUAGAUGCCAAGAAUAUACACGACUGUUUACGAUUUACGACAACGUCGAGUCGAGAAUGCUCGCCAAACUUUGAAUCUCGUUCGAAUUCACUUGUUCGAACUCGGUGCUGACGAUUUCCGAACACUUGUAAGCGAAGAACCGCCGACGUGGUCGUAAAUAUGUUGUCGGAAGUGGACGUAUUCAUCAGUAAUUACACUCUCGUCGAUCCCGAGGUGUAUCAGCUUUGGGUCGACGGACAUUCGUCAAGCGAGGCAGUGAACAUCCUGCAUCAACGUGGAAUAUGCCAACUAGCGAAUGCCCCGAUUGAGCUGGUGGCCUCUGAUAUUCUCGACCAUUAUCGUACCUAUGCGCUCCUCGAAAAACUACUUCACACACCUACUAAAUUGGCCAGCGAGCAGCUCGCGUUUCAGAUAGAACCGCAGACCAGUCAGAUGCUUAUCGAAAUGUACUACGAGUUCAACGACGUCGUUGUCAGAGAAUUGUUGGGUAAGAAGUUAACGUCGAAGAGUAGAAAAGACAUGGACGAAGUGGCAGAGAAAACGGGCAUCACCUUGAAGAGCUGUCGGCGUCAAUACGACAACGUGAAGAGAGUGUUCAAAGUCGUUGAAGAUCUGCCUGGUUCUUUGGUCACCAAUAUCGAGCAGCACUUUUUACUUUCCGAGGACCUCGCGAAGCGAUAUGCUGCCGUGGUGUUCAUAGCGUGCCUCCGAUUCGAGAUGAACAAACGAAAGCUACAAUUUCUAACGUUCCCGGAUCUGUAUCACUGCGCCAACAGUAUGAUGACUUCGUGGACGUAUCGUUGCGUCGGCUCGGAGUAUUUCGAUACUGAUUUAGACAGAGAAUUUUUAUUGGAACUCGCAGAGUGCAGAGUUCUCCUCGACAAUGACAAACAUCACAAGCAUUUGGUUUGCAUCAAACUGAAGCCAUUGCUGUUAGAACGUUCGUAUCAGGAGAUAGACACGAACUUCCGUUCGUACACGAGAGCGAUCUUAGGCAUAGGAUGCAACCUCCAUCGUUCGAGAGAUUUAAGAUUCUUUUUCUUGGAACUAGUCGAGAGGUGCAUAGAACCGUGGCGCCAAGUAAAUUGGACGCACUCCGACCUGAGAAACUUCCUCUCGAUCUACACGCAAUGCGCGCUAGACAUGGACGUACUCAGGGACAACGAAGUAAGGGACGCUUUCGAGCGUUACAUGACCGUCGUCACGUGUUGCCUUUUGCGUAUGUAUCAUACAUGACUAAUAGCGGGAGAAGAGGAAGAUGGGAACGAUGACAAUUGAAUGAACCAAACUUGGUCGAUUUCGGGGGAUAAUCGUACGUGUACGCUAUAGUUUAUUUAGUUACCGUUAUAAUAAAUAAUUAAUAAACAAA